UGAUCUUGGAUUUCCUCUUAAAAUACAUAAAAAUGCAAAUCUGUCGCAAAAUAUUCCCUGGAUUUCUUUUAAUUGUGUCAAUAUGGAAAGUGAACUGUGGCAUUGUAAAAUCCAAUUGGGAAGAUCAACAAAAUGAGAUUAUCGCCGGCAAAACGGUUGAGACAGAUGAGAGAAUUAAGUUUUUAGUAAAUCGAAUAACUGAAGCUAAUCAACAACUCGAAGAUUACAAAGAAAUGAUCAAAAAAUUAAAAAAUGAAGUUAGCAAUGAGCAGGGGGGAAACGAAAAGUUAAAGUCACAACUUCGGAACAAUACAAAUCAGACUAAUAAAGAUGAAGUUGCAUCAAACAAUUCCACUUCAAAGAAUGAAGAAAUAUCUGAAUCAACUAUUCUCUUUAAAAGUCUUCCAAGCUCUUGUGUAAACAUGACGGCUGGUAUUCAAGAGAUACAAAUUGGAAAAGCAAAACCUUUUAAGGCGAUGUGCGAUGGAGAUGGUUGGAUGAUUAUUCAGCGACGAAUUAAUGGAACUGAAGACUUUAAUAGGACCUGGCAAGAAUACGAGGAUGGAUUUGGAGACUUAAAUGAGGAGUUUUGGUUUGGAUUGGAAAAGAUUCAUCUCGCUACGAGUUUUGCACGUCAGAGGUUAAACAUGUCUGUAAGAGUUGGGUGGGGAUCGAAGCCAUCUGCCAUUCACUUUGAUGACUUUAGGAUUGGAAAUUCGGAAUCCUUCUAUAAAUUGGAAUCAACCGGAAAUUGCACGGAACACAAUUGCCAGGCAGAUCGUACUGUGUUCAUAAAGAAUGUGAACAAUGCAUUUUCAACAUACGAUGCAAAUCAUAAUGGAAAUCCCGAUCUAAAUUGCGCCAGUUAUGGCUUAAGUGGCUGGUGGUUUAGUUUCGACUGCUUGGAUAUUAACAUGAAUGAACCAACUAAUGGUUAUUGGACCUCAGUCGUGAAGUUACGCCCAUACUCUGAUUGAUGUUUCCAUUUUUCGAUGUAUCAUCAUUCUAAAUAUUACUAUUUAGUUCAAUUUCAUUUUUGAUUGUCAAUA